AUGAGUUCAAACCCUAAGGGAAAAAAGGAGAGGAGAAGUGGCGCAGUGAUUCUGGAGGCUGAGAGUCGCGAGCAUCAGCCUCUUUAUCGAAAAGGAAAGGUGCUUGAUCAAGGGUUCCCUGGGAAAGAAAAGAAGAGGAGAACUGGAGCUUCCAUCAAGGCUCCCUCCCUCAAUGGAAAGGAGGGGCAAAGUAUACCCCUUAAACACUCCCACUCCUGUAAACCCUCAUCUAAUAUGGACAAAAAGGCUAUAUCCUUCCGUCCCAGUCAAGCUGAUCCCAGUCUCGCUGAUCUCACUCCUGCUGAGCUCGAAUCCGAAAUCCAGUCUGGCAGAUUGGAUUGGCUAUUCCCUAGAGAUAAAGGAUACACAACAGUGGGUUUUGUUUUCCAUGAUGAGAUUUUCUUGGCUGCUGAUCAUGUUCCAACUUAUGAAAACAAACAUGGGAAGACAAGUUCUGUUCUGGAAGCGUCAGAGUGGAUGACCGUCUUUCUAUCUUCUUACGGUGAGGAGGGUUUGUCAGUUGAAAUGCUGAUCGGAGGUGUGGAAGAGGAUGGUCCUGUGCUUUAUCACGUGGAUGGUAAGGGGAAAAUGGAGGACUGUAAGAAGAAACGAUUGUUUCCCAUGGUGUUUGAAUAUCAAGCUGUACGCGUGGCAAAAACUGCAAUUUGCUAUGGUAUAUAUGAAGCUGUUGUGGCUUGUAGUUUUGUCAGUGUUUAUUAUGUAGAUCGUGCUGGGUGUAAGAAGCUCAUCUCUGGUGAUUAUGUGAGAGAAUCUGACAUCGUGAUUCCCAGUUAG